AUGGAUGCUAAAAUUGACCCGCUUGAGGAGGUCGACCUCGAUGACAGCCACAACAAGGCCAUUUUGAUCGUUACUUCUGUCUUCUUCGGUAUUUCGCUGGUGAGCGUUAUGCUAAGAUGCUUUGUCCGCACCCAAGUCGUUCGUGCUUGGGGCUGGGAUGAUGGAACUAUGGUAAUAGCUAUGUCCCUCAACACGGCCUUCGCCAUCUGCGGAAUCGUCGGGUGUAAAUACGGCCUCGGGAGGGAACUAUCCUACUUUAUCCUACACCCAGACAACUUCUACCGGGCAAUGCUGUGCUGGUGGGUAGGCCAACUUUUCUACGUAUUAACCUGCGUCGUCGCCAAGCUCUCCAUUAUCAUCGCCCUCCUCCGCAUCACCAUCUCUCGCGUCCACGCCUACAUCCUCUACGCCGCUAUGACCCUAGCCACCGUCAUUGGCCUCAUAUUCUUCUUCUUCACCAUAUUCCAAUGCUCACCUGUGAACUACUUCUGGAACCGCACGCAGUCUCACGCCCAUGGCUCCUGCAUCAAGACAACUACCCUCAUCGGUGUCGCGUACUUGUAUAGUGUCGGUGCCGCUAUUACAGACUUGACUAUUGGAUUGGUUCCAGUGGCAUUGAUCUGGAAUUUGCAUAUGAGUCGCCGCACUAAGGUUGCCAUUAUCAUUAUUUUGGGUAUCGGUUGCAUUGCGAGUGCUGCGGUUAUUAUUCGCAUCCCCUAUAUCCCCACCUACCAAGAUCCAGACUUCCUAUACGCCACUUACCAACUCUCCAUAUGGUCCAAUAUCGAAGCAGGAAUUGGCAUCACGGCGGGUUGUUUAACAACCCUCCGACCCUUAAUCCGCUUUUUCCGCGACGGUUCCUCUGAUGCCACACCAAACUCAUAUCCUCUACCCAACCACAUCGCUGGCGGCUUCCACCGCUCUGCGCCAUCAAAACAGAUGUCCCGUGAUGAGGCGCACCAGCUCUGGACCGGUCGAGGGAGUGACGAAUACCACGGGGUAACUACCACCAUAUCCGGAGCUCACCAAAAACAAGUUAGUUCCAGUCAGGAGGACCUGGCUCCAUAUAGUAACGUCUCCGAUGCUCCGGGGUGGAUGGUGGAGAGGUCUGUUCGCGUGUCCGUGCACAAUUCAUGA